AUGCUCGCAGCGGCAACAAUAGCGCCGAGCAGGGUUCCCGACACGAAGAGCGCGGGCAAGACAAGCACGAGCGGCGAAGAUCGAGGGCCAACUCCACCGACGACGGACACUCUCGGACAGGAACCCGCCGAUCCCCUGCUGGUGGCAGACGAAAGGGGCCAGGAGGAGACGGCCGUCGUUACCGCCGUCGCCAGACAGACCAAAAUGACACUAGCGAAGACGAAGAUGAGCGAGGUGAUUUCGGAAGAACAGCCCGCGGCGGCGGCAGCGGCGGCGACGGCGGCGGCGGGCGGCGUCGAGGCACCGGCGCCGACGGGAACGGGCGCGAGUCCAACAGGCACAGCGGUAGCUGCGACGGAGGGAACAGCCGCCGGAGAAAUGGUUCCAGGGAUCGCCGCGAGAGUCGCAGGUCGAGCAACGGUCGGCGAGAUGCUGGACCCAUGGACGAGGAACACUACCGUGCCCGUGUUCACAAGGCCAGUGCCUCCUCUGACGGCGGGCGCGGCGAUCGCAGAGAACGGUCCCGGGAUCGGCCUCGAAGCGGUAACGGCGAUGAUGGAAGGCAAGGCCACACGAUUUCCGCCGCCGAUAGGGGGUACAGCAACGGAACCGGCCGGGAUGGUUCCAAGGAAAGGUCGGGGGGGUCCAGGCGCGACGGCGGUGGCCGAAGGGACUACGGCGGAAGCAGGGACAGGCGAGAUGGUUACACAGGGGGGGGCGGCGGGAGACACGGCGGCUACCGGGAUUCCAGCAGGAGUCGGUACGAACGCGAUCGGGAUGGCGGCGCCGACGGUUCAAGAGGCCGUUACGGAGAGGGUGAUGGAGGACGUAGACCGUGGGCAGGCGGCGGCGGCGGUGGCUAUAGCGACGAGAGGGGUCGACGUCGCGAGGAUGAUGAUUCUAACAGAAGAUGGCAUGGGCGCGACGGGGAUCGCACAGGGAGGAGCGGUGGAGUGGGUGUCGGGCGGGAUUUUGGGCGAUGAUGCCGACAGCGACGCCAGCAAAGACGCCGACCCCGGGGGGAAGCAAGGAAACGCCGACGGCGGACAGCGCGAGAGCGGUCACGGCAACAGCAGCAGCGUCGGCAAGCCGGCCGUGGCGGAAACAGCAGCUACGGCUACCGUUCCAGGUACAAGCGGUGACGUGCCCAGGCGCCCGCGGUGGGACAAGGCUGCCCCUACCGCUACCGCGGGCCUGAGCGCUGCGGUUGCGAAGGCUUCGGGGAGAGCGGUGGCAGGGAAAAAGAAGCUGGUGUGGGGCGCGGCUGGUGGCGGUGGGGGUGCCGCGAAGAGACCGCUGUGGGGGGUUACAACAGAGGCUGGAGUCGCGGCGCCGAUGGGCGGUGGGAAUGGAUCCGGGCUCAGCCCCGGACAGGCCCAGGAGGGGGAUCAACAAGCGAACGGCGUCGAGCAGAGGUGGCAAGAAGCUGCCGCGGCCUUGGGGCCGGCAGAGCGGCAGGUUAAGUUCCUCCGGCUGCUGGGUGCGAAGAAGGGGGCGGCGGCGACGGCGGCGGCGGCGGCGGGUGCCUCAACCGCCUCGCGAGGGAUGGGAAACCCCUGUUCUCCUUCUUCUGGUGCUGGUGGGGCCGGAGCCGACGACGGCCGGGCGGCGAACGCGAAGGUGAUGCAAGACUUGGAAAUACACUACCAGAAGGCGCAUCGAGCACACUUCGGCUUCCAGCGGGGGCUAGGAAAAUGA